UUUUGAGUGUGUCAGUAUCGUCAAAGAGAAGUAUACUGCUGAGAGAUUCCUAUGUAGGGGCCGUCUUUCUUCCAGUUGUCUCAACCCCCUUAAAAAACCACCCCAGGCUUCCUCCUAGACCCCAUGUUUUGCAAAGUCUGAUAUCCUCUUGGCAUCUUGGAGAUACCUGUUGGCAGCCAAGAGCAGGUAACUGGAAGGAAUGGAUGAGAGUAUUUAUCCAUGGUGCCUGUGGCCUGAGUCUGAGAAGUUUCAGAAUGUCUUCACUUCUGUAAGAAGAAUGUAAAAGAUCUAUUUUCAGGACCUUACUCUGUGUCAUACUGUUGUCUGCUCUGGGAAAGAUGGUGGGUUUCCUGGACUUCUCUCUGCUAAGAGACUUCUUCUCUCUCCUACUUCUCCAGGUGUCCAUGUGGGGCUCAGAUUCAUUCUUGGUUAUCAGCCCCUCAGAGCCAAUUGUAGCCAUGCUGGGCAUGGACACAGUGCUGCCCUGUCACGUGUCCCCGGCCAUGAGUGCAGAGAAUAUGGAGCUGCGGUGGUUCCGUUCUGAAUUCUCAGAGGCUGUGUAUGUAUAUCAGGAUGGAAUGGAGCAGGUGGGAGAACAGCUGGUAGAUUUCAAAGGGAGAGCAGAGUUGGUGAAAGAUUACAUCACUGAGGGAAGAGUAUCUGUGAGAAUCUACAGUCUCCGGAUCUCAGACAGUGGAAUAUACAAGUGUUUUUUUAAAAAAGGCAGUGAAUUUCAAGAAGCCACUUUGGAGCUGAAGGUGAUCGGUCUGGGUUCUGGUCCUCAUGUUUUCAUGGUAGGUCCAGAAGGUACAGGAAUAAGACUGACAUGCACAGGCAAGAGGUGGUUUCCCCAGCCUGAGGUGCAAUGGAAAGAUGCAAUGGGAGAGAAGAUACCAUCUCUUUCUGAGGUUGAGACCCAGGAUGACGAUGGGUUAUUUCAAAUAGAGGCAUCCCUCAUUGUAAGAGACAGUUCAAAGAGAGAAGUGUCCUGCUCCAUGAAGAACCCCUUCUUUGGACAAGAGCAGGUGGAAACCAUUUCUAUCCCAGAAUCCUUCUUCCCUAGGACCUCCCCUUGGAUGACGGCAUUUGCUGUGACUUUUAUCAUACUUGGGAUAUUCCUGGGUGCUGUUGUGUUUUUGGCCUGGAAAGAACGACAGGAGAAGAAGAGAGCACAGGAAGCCCAGACAGAAAAAGAGAAAGAAAGUAAAGACAAAGAAUCACUUGAGAAAGAGCUUGGGAGAAGAAAGCAAUUAUAUCAACAAGACUGGAGAAAAGCAAAGUUAUAUGCUGACUGGAGAAAAGAACAGUUUGAAACAGUUGCUGUUACUCUGGAUCCAGACACAGCUCAUCACAACCUCAUCCUAUCUGAGAAUAGAAAACAAGUUUCUUUAAUGGGAAAUGCUCCUCAGAAUUGUGAUGCUUCAGUACGCCAAGGACAAGGGGAAUCUGAAACCAUCUUCAGUGUUCUGGGCCAGAAUUGCUUUACCACAGGGAGACAUUACUGGGAGAUAGAAGUCAAUAUAGGCACAGAAGUUGGACUUGAACCUAGAUGGGCUGUGGGUGUUUGCUCAGAUACAGCAGAGAGAGAUGAGUGGUUUGUAGAAAGUCCAGAGAAGAAUUUCUGGGUGAUUGCAUAUAACAAAGGAGUUCUCUUCACCCACCUAGAGUUUCUGUCACUGAGACAGCAUCCUCAAAGGAUAGGAGUUUUCCUGGACUUGGAGGAUAAGGAUGUGUCCUUUUACAACAUGGUUGAUGGAUCCCACAUCUAUUCCUUUACUGGAAUCACCUUCUAUGGGACCCUCCGUCCUUAUUUAAGCCUUCAGGGUGCUGGCACAUAUGUGACCAUCUGCUCAGCUUCAGAUGACACUGAAAAUUACCCUGAGUCUUCUCCAAAGAAUCAUUUAAAGAGUCGUGAUAUGGGUGUUGCCCAAGAAGCUAAUCCUCUAUUACCUUCAUAAGAGGUGAAAUGUCAGCACUUCUGCUGUCUCUGCUCAGGCUUCUUAUAAGUAUAUUCUCAAAGAAAGCUGCCCUGGGCGCCUGGGUGGCUCAGCCAGUUAAGUAUCUGACUUCGGCUCAGGUCAUGAUCUCACAGUUCUUGAGUUCAAGCCCCACGCUGGGCUCUAUGCAGACAGCUCAGAGCCUGGAGCCUGUUUCAGAUUCUGUGUCUCCCUCUCUCUCUCUGCCCUUCCCCCACUUGCACACUGUUCUCUCUCUCAAAAAUAAAUAAACAUUAAAAGAAAAAAAAAAA